AUGGUUGGUAAUGGAGAAAUUCUAUCUGCUGGAGAUAUUGCUGCUUUUAUAUAUUUAUGGAAUCCCUUGACAAUCGUCACAUGUGUGGGCUUGUCAACGUCACCAGUCGAAAAUUUGAUGAUAGUAUUGUCUCUGUAUGGAGCAUGCUCAUGUUUAGCUCCUUUAGCAGCAUUUGGAUGGGUCCUUGCAUCACAUUUAUCUCUUUACCCUGCUAUCUUAAUCAUACCGGUCAUCUUUUUGUUAGGAUAUGGUCCAGAUACUCCUUCGAAGAAAUUGUUCCGGCAACAAAAAUCUGAGUCAAAUGCAAAUGAUCUGGUGAUUCAAAACCGUUUUUCAUGGCGGCCUGUUGUACAUUUUAUACUGUGGGCGUCUUUUUGGACAGUUUAUGUCUUGGUUUUAUGCAGUAUCUACCUUAAACAGUAUGGUGGCUUGUCAGAAAUGUUUAAAAGAACACAUGGAUUUAUUCUUACUCUAGAAGAUCUGUCCCCAAAUAUUGGUGUUUUAUGGUACUUCUUUGCCGAAGUUUUUGACUUCUUCAGAGAUUUCUUUUUAAUAGUUUUCCACGUGAAUAUUCUUUUUAUGCUGUUGCCCUUGGCCAUACGUCUUUACCACCGCCCAUGCUUUCUCGCCUUCAUAUACAUUGCAAUCUCAUCAAUGCUUAAAUCUUAUCCUUCGGUUGGAGACUCAGCUUUAUACUUGGCUCUACUGGGAUGGUUUGUCUAUGAACUAGCAGAAAUGCAAUUCUCGUUCUUCCUUUUCUGUGGAUACGUUGGAGUCACCCUGCUUAGCCCUGUGAUGCAUAAUCUAUGGAUAUGGAGGGGUACUGGAAAUGCAAACUUCUAUUAUGCAACCGCGAUGGCUUAUGCUUGCUUGCAGAUUAUUUUGGUUGUCGAGAGUGUAAGUGCUAUGCUUCAGCACGACAGAAUGCUAAGGAAACAAUUGACCACAUGAAACCAGAGAUCUGUUAUGAGGUUAGUUUCAAUUUGUUAUCUGUCUGGAUUAUUUUUUAGUGCU